AUGUCCGUCACGAACGGUGCCAAUGGCCAUGUGAAUAGCUCCUCGAAUGCCCUUUGUUCUGUCGACGAAUUGGUGUCUCGCAAGUAUGAGUUUGUCGUGGUCGGAGGAGGUACUGCCGGCUUGGUGGUCGCUGCUCGUUUAACCGAGGAUCCAAACAUCUCGGUGGCUGUUCUGGAAGCCGGAGAGAAUCGAAUGGACGACAAGAGCGUGUCAACCCCGUCACUCUACCCUACCAUGAUCGGUAGGAAAGAAUACGACUGGUGCAUGACCAGCACACCACAACUCAAUGCUGGCAACAAGAUCUACUCGAUGCCUCGUGGGAAGGUUCUCGGCGGCAGCUCCGCCAUCAAUUACCUCAUGUACGUGAGAGGCUCAAAGAACGACUACAUCCGCGGCUGGGAAUCAAUUGGCAAUCCUGACUGGGGCUGGGAGGGUAUGCUUCCUUACUUCAAGAAACACCAGACGCUGGACAACACGCCGAGGCACAGCGACCCGCAAUUCAUGCCUAUUGCAGGAGGCGACAAGUAUCAUGGAACUAACGGGCCCAUCCAUACCAGCUUCAAUGACUGGUACAUGCCGCUGGAGGUGGACUUUGCCAAAGCCGCGUAUGAAGUCACCGGGACAAAGAAGACGAUUCACGACGCGUGGAGCGGUGAUCAUCUGGGCUUCUACUCAAGUCUGGGCGCUGUCAACAGGUCUGACGAUCCGGGGAAGCGAUCCUACGCUGCAACCGGAUACCUUCGCCCGAACUUAGGAAGACCGAACCUAAAGGUUCUGACCGAAGCACAGGCCACCAAGAUUAUCCUAGAUGGGAACACCGCCACAGGUGUGGAAUUCGUGCACAAGGGCCAAAAAUACAGCGUCCACGCUACGCGGGAAGUCAUUCUCUCCGCCGGGGUGAUCCAAAGCCCUCAACUACUCGAGCUCUCUGGAAUCGGCGACCCUGAAAUCCUCAAAACCGCUGGUGUCGAGUGUGUGGUUGGAAACAAGGGAGUUGGUGCCAAUUUCCAGGACCAUGUUCUUGGCGGAAUCCUGUACGAUUUGAAGCCUGGGAUUGAUUCGAUGGAUGCAUUGCACGGGGAAGAGUUCAUGAAGAUGCAGCAGGACGUCUACCAGAACAGUCAGAAGGGACUCUAUGCCAACCCAGGCAUGAUGAUGGGGUUCGUAUCGUAUGCCUCCGUGGUGACUCCCGAGGAGCUUGAGGCUACCAUCAAGGAAAUCAAGGAGAAAUCACUUGCAAAGACGGAUUUUGAGAAGGCUCAAGAAAAGGUAAUCGUCGACCAACUCCGCGAUCCAACCUUUGCCAACCUCCAAACCUUCUGCAUCCCCUGCCGCCUCGACGUGGCCAAGGGCUCAGAUCAGACCCAAUUCUUCGGCAAACCUCCCAGCGGCAAACAACAGCUCUCCUUGCUCAUGUGCCUCGAACACCCUCUCUCGAGGGGAACAGUGCAUAUCAAGUCGUCGGAUCCUUUGGCACCGCCUGAAAUCGACCCGGGAUAUUUCCGGAACGAAGUCGACGCUAAGAUCCUCGCGGCAGGCAUGAAAUGGAUGGACAAAGUGGCCAGACAUCCCUUAUUGGCGAAAUCGCUUGCUGAGAGAGAACUGCCGCCCGAGAGUGAAAGUCUCGAUUCCGAGGAGAAGAGGAUUGAAUAUGUCAAAAAUCAUGUCAGCACACAGUAUCAUCUGAUCGGGACUUGUGCGCUGGGCGAGGUCGUGGACAACGAUUUGAAGGUGAAAGGGGUCAAGAAUCUGAGAGUGGUGGAUGCAUCGAUUUUCCCUGGACACGUGUCUGGGAACAUCAUGGCUUCUACUUAUGCUGUGGGUGAGAAAGGCGCAGAUCUGAUCAAGAAAGAUAUCUAA